AAUUGAAGAAUAAAAGAGAAAUCUUAAUCUUACAGUAUUUCAUAGAUUCUUCCAAACGGAAAUAUCGAUGCAUUAUUUAUUUUGGAAUCGCAUUAUAAGAUUUGGAGACCAUUACGAACACUAAUUGUCAAAAAAUUAUUGAAUCAAUGUUAAUUAUUUAAUUAAAUUGAUUGCAUGAAUUGCUAAUAAAAGCAAUUAAUUUAAUUAUUAAAUAAUGGAAAAACAACCGUUGAAUCCAAAAGAUGAUAAACCUCCGUCUUAUACGGCGGCAACUGCACCAGAAAUAAAUUGUUCAUGGCAACCACCACCAGGAUACAAUUCCACACAAUGUCAAGAAUCUACUUCAUGGCCUCCACCUCCAGGAUAUUAUCCUAGUGCCAGUGGAACUAGUAAUAGUCAUAACUAUGUACCUUCUUAUGGUUCUACACAAUCAACUACGAUAAUUAUGCCAGAAAUUAUUUUAGUUGGAGGAUGUCCUGCAUGUAGAGUGGGCAUUAUGGAAGAUGAUUUUACAUGUCUUGGACUACUAUGUGCUAUUCUAUUCUUCCCAGUGGGCAUAAUUUGUUGCUUGUUGUUAAAGACACGACGUUGUUCUAAUUGUGGUGCAUAUUUUGGUUAAUGUGUUACUAUAUUAUAGUAACCAUUUCUAAAACUAAAUACAUUAUUAAUCUAAUUUUAAUAUAAUUAUAUAGAUAAUAUAAUUAUGUAGAUAUUGAAAGAUGAGAACAAACAUAAGUAAUUAAUUUUUUACUAAUAUUAUAUAAUUAUAUUUAUCUAUGUAUUUGCAUUAUUUGAGGAAAAAUAAUGCUUCAGUGAUCAAAGAUAUCUACAAUAAUUGGUUAAAUGUUGAGUUCAUGAAGUUCAUGAAAUAUUGACAUAUGUACAAUUAAAAGAUUCUCUAUGCAUUUAAGACUUUAUUGAUUUACAUGACACUUGUGCUGUUUUGUAAAUUAUACAUAAAAAUUUCCAACUAAUAAUGUUAUAUAUUAUUAUAGUAUAUUUUAUAAUAAUGAAUAAUGAAAUAGUUUAUUAAUAUAUAAUAUAUAAAUAUAUCAUAGUUUGUAAGAUUUCUUAUUAAAUGAGAAAAGGAGCAAUAUAAAUUAGACUGAACUUUAUAUUUAUAGUAUAUUUGUAAUGAUACAAAUAUGUUUAAAACAGAUUUCAUUGAAAUUUUCCUAUACUUACAUAAAAUCAUUACAUUUAAAUCAUUUUGGAUUAUUUUUAAUAUAAAAUAAUUUAUCGAAACUUAUAUAUAACAUAUUUUAUAAAAAAUAAAUUCAAUGAAAUUUGUACUUUUUAUUUUUAUUAUUUAUGUUAUUGUCUUAUAAAAACAUUUCUUGAUAUAUGCUAUUAAAUUGAGUUUUUAAAAUACAUUUAACAUUUGUUAAAUGCUAAAAUAUUUGAAUCUCAAAGAAAAUGUCAAUAAAUUUUUUCCUAAAUAUAAUUAAUUUUAUAAU